AUGCAUCUCCAGCCCAUUGACAACACAGAGAUCGAGCCCUUCACCAGCGCCAUGGAUACCGACCCACGCAUCACCAUCAUGCCGGAGGGGCAAGAGAUCUUCGAUGAUGUCUGGGGCUCGGAGCCGGGCUCGCCAUCCAACAUGCCCCAAGACGCACCCACGGGAACACACCCCGGCGAUAUUCCAAGGCUGCAGGCCGAACACACCACCGCCGGUUACCGCGAGGGUGUCACCGUGGCCAAAGCUCAGAGCAUCCAGACGGGGUUUGAUGAGGGCUUCAGUCUAGGAGCCGAGAUCGGGUCCCUCGCCGGCCAGAUCGUGGGCGUGCUCGAGGGAAUCGCUGCCGCCUUGGAUGGCCACGACAAGACCAUCGCGGAGGCCGCGCGAAAGACUUCAGACGACGCCAAGACUGAGCUGAAGACGGACUCUAUCUUUACACCCGCAUUUUGGAACACUGACGGGACCUGGAAGUUCGACGUCGACGAGCACGCGGGUGACGAAAUCCUCUUCUCCGACGUAGCUCGUGCCCAUCCUCUCAUCCAGAAAUGGACAAAGAUUGCAGAUGCCGAGGUUGAGCGAUGGGGAAUCGUCCUCGAUGCAAUCGGUGAUGCACAGGAGCACGACAGACUGCCAAGCCCGGAGCGGGCCCCAAGCUCCGCGGUGCCGCAGACGAAGAAGCCCCUGGACUGGUGA